AUGAUCGCAUCUACGCUCACACGAUCUAUGCUGCGUGCAGCCUCGCGUGCACCGGUUGUGCGUGCUGCGGCUGUUCGACCUGCGCUUUCCGUUUCGCGCGUGGCCGUGGCGCCCGUGCGUGCGUUCAGCCUGACGCCUCUCGCUCGCGGUCAGGGCGAGUCCGACUCGGAGCUGAGCGCCAAGCUGGCCCAAGAGCUCGAGUACGAGCAGGAAAACUCGAACCUCUUCGUGGGUGACUCGCCGACCAACGAGCCCGGGUUCGUGACCGAGUUCAAGCAGGCGGGUGUGUGGAAGAUCAACGACCAGCCCGGAUUGGACGAGGUGACGCUGUCGCGCGAGUUUGGCAACGAGCACAUUUCGGUGGUCUUCAGUGUAGGCGACAUCGACACCUCUGAACAGCCCGCGAUGGAGGGCGAAGAGGCCGCACCCAUCGAGGUCGAGGACGACGAGGAGGGCCCGCAGUUCCCCGUGCGCAUCUCGGUCACCAUCACCAAACCCUCCGGCGGCGCCCUCAUGAUCGACGCAUUCGUCGUCGACGGAGAGGUCAACACCGACAACAUCGCGUUCUACAAGGACCAGAAACUCGCCACCACCAUCGAUGCCGAGGCCGACUUUGCAAGGAGGGGCACCUACCUAGGCCCCCAGUUCGACACGCUCGACGAGAAUCUCCAGAGCCAGUUCGAGACGUUCCUCGGCGAGAGGGGCAUCGACGCAAACCUGGCGCUCUUCAUCCCCAACUACGCAGAGUACAAGGAACAGCGCGAGUACUGCGAUUGGCUCUCGCACGUGCGCAACUUUGUCGAGGCUUGA